CGUCCAUCCGGUACCGACUCCAUUCUCCUGAGCCAUGUCCACGACUCUAGUUGCAGUGUGUGCAUUGCUGCUUGCGUUUCUUGGUGUUUCCAUUUGUCAAAUACCUAUGAACAUGUUGAUAGUGAUAGAAGAACCGGAUAAAUCGAUUUUAAACGUUUUGAACGAAGCCCUACCACAAGCAGAAAAGAAUUAUGGAAACGAUAUCAUCUCUGUUCACAUUUCUACAAUCGAAGUUGAACGUUCGAAUAUAGACGCUAGCUUUAAGAAAGUAUGUGCUGCCUUAUUUAAGGGAAUCAGUAUCGUACUCGACAUGACCUGGACCGGGUGGGAUAAUCUUCGGAUCAUAGCCGACGAGAAUGGAAUAAUAUACAAACGGGGUGACAGCAAUAUGAACCCGUACAUCCAAGCGAUCGAUGAUCUUUUGAUGUUGAAAAACGCCACUGAUGUUGCUCUGAUCUUCGAAGAUGAAAGAGAGUUGAAUCAGAGUCUCUACUAUUUGAUCGGAAAUUCUAUCUUAAGAUUAAUCGUGAUCGACGAAUUCACCGAGAAAACGGUGUCGAAGAUCAAGAGUAUGAGGCCAUCACCAUCUUAUUACGCUAUCUAUGCUAGUACAGCAAAGAUGGAGGAUUUCUUCAAAACGGCCGUGCAAGGAGGAUUGGUCAAGAGAAAUGGAAUAUGGAAAUUGAUUUUCACCGAUAAUAAUUAUAAGGAUUUUAAAUAUAUCAAUGGAGACUUACAGUUGAACGUUUCCAUCACGGUUCUGUGGAUGAAGAUGGAUGUUUGUUGCAAAUUAAUUGGUGAUUCGCUCUGCAAUUGUCCUUCAGAUGUCAAAAUAUUUUCCAAUUAUUUUAAACGAUUAGUAGGCCUCAUCGUGAGUCUGAUGAGCGAACUUCAGGCAUCAGGUAUUAGUGUGGAGCCAAAAAGUGGCAAAUGCUUAUCGAACACAGUGAAUCAAACUUCAAACGUCACGAUUGAGGCGUUUAACAAGAAUAUAGUUGCUAAAUUAGCAGGCAACGAUACAUUUGAGUAUUGGUCAGAGAAAGGAAUGAUCACGUAUAAAGCUGAAAUAGAAUUGGAAAUUCUUGAGAAUGGAUUAUUGGAACCAUUAGCCACUUGGACGAGAAAUGGAAAGAUAAAAGAAGCAGAGAAUAAAAAGAUAUUUCCUGCCAAAAGAUUCUUUCGAAUUGGAACUGCUCCUUCAGUACCUUGGAUAAUACCUAAAAUCGAUCCAGCGACUGGAAAAGUUAUGAAAAAUGAGAAUGGAAAUGAUAUGUGGGAUGGAUAUUGCAUAGAUUUUAUCAAGAAAUUAUCGGAAGAGAUGCAAUUUGAUUAUGAUCUUAUCAUACCUGAAGAUCGACAAUUUGGCAAGAAAUUACCUAAUGGACAAUGGAAUGGCUUGAUUGGUGAUCUAGCUAAAGGAGAGACAGAUAUCAUAGUUGCUGCAUUGACAAUGACUUCAGAACGUGAGGAAGUGAUCGAUUUCGUCGCCCCUUACUUCGAACAAUCCGGCUUAUUAAUUGUAAUGAGGAAACCUGUCCGCAAACCAUCCCUUUUCAAAUUUAUGACAGUACUCAAAGUCGAAGUGUGGUUAAGCAUCGUAGGAGCUUUAACAUUAACUGGCAUCAUGAUUUGGAUACUUGACAAAUAUUCUCCUUACAGCGCCAGGAAUAAUAAACAAUUGUAUCCGUAUCCUUGUCGAGAAUUCACGUUGAAGGAGAGUUUCUGGUUCGCCUUGACGUCUUUUACACCCCAAGGUGGCGGCGAAGCACCCAAAGCGUUAUCAAGCAGGAUACUAGUUGCUGCUUAUUGGUUAUUCGUUGUUUUAAUGUUGGCUACAUUCACUGCUAAUUUAGCUGCUUUCCUUACUGUGGAAAGAAUGCAGUCUCCUGUGCAAUCUUUGGAACAAUUAGCCAGACAAUCUAGAAUCAAUUAUACUGUAGUGGUUAAUUCUAGUCAGCAUCAGUAUUUUAUAAAUAUGAAGAAUGCAGAGGAUAAAUUGUACACCGUAUGGAAAGAAAUUACAUUAAACAAUACAAGUGACGAGGUAGAGUAUCGAGUCUGGGAUUAUCCUAUCAAGGAACAAUACGGCCACAUAUUGCAAGCGAUCACACAAGUCGGUCCAGUUGCGAAUUCAAUGGAGGGUUUUCGAAAGGUGAUAGAAAGCGAAAAUGCAGAAUUCGCUUUCAUCCACGAUUCGUCGGAGAUACGGUAUGAGGUAACGAAGAAUUGCAAUUUGACAGAGGUUGGAGAAGUGUUUGCGGAACAGCCUUAUGCAAUUGCUGUUCAGCAAGGAAGCCAUUUGCAGGAAGAGAUAAGCAGAAAGUUUGUUUUUAUAUUAAGAUAUUUAAAGGGAGAUUGUAUUGUAUUUUACUUAUAUUUGAUUCGUUGCAGGAUUUUGGAUUUGCAAAAAGAUAGAUACUUUGAAAUGUUGGCUUCUAAAUAUUGGAACCAAACGCAGAAGGCGCAAUGUCUGAAUUCUGAUGAUAAUGAAGGAAUUACUUUGGAAAGUUUGGGUGGAGUGUUUAUCGCAACCCUCUUCGGGCUCGCCCUGGCGAUGAUCACCUUAGCAGGAGAGGUAUUCUAUUACCGAAAACGGAAUACGGAAACGGAAAAAUCGACGAAAGACAAAAGAAAAGUCAAGAACUUCAACAACAAGAUAAUACAAAAUUUGUCGAAAAUGAGUUUGCAAAUGAAACCAGCGCCUAUCAAUCCUUUCUUCGAAAAGACAAACAAUCCUCCUCGCGUGUCUCACAUUUCCGUUUACCCUCGCAACCUCCCUUUCAAAGAAUGAGAAUCUUCAAAGAAAGAAAAUUUAAUUGAACAGAGGAAUAAAAAAAUGUUAUCUCGUACAAUUGAAUCGAAUCGUUAUAUAUAUGAGAAGAGGAAUUUUAAUUUAAUGAUAGUUUUAAUAAAAACCAAUGCAACGUAACGAAAUUGAAAAUAAAGUUUCUAGUUGUUCUAUCUGUUUACAAGAGUCAGUAAUGUUUUUCGCUAUUUCAUAAUGUUGCGAUUCUUCACGCUUCUUGCGAAUUUCAGAAACAUCGAAUAUUAUCGAAUCGAUCGAAUAUUAGAGUAUUUAUAACAUUUAUAAUAAUUUGAAGAGUAAAACUCUCGAUUUUUGGAUUUGUCUUACGCAAGAUAUUUUCUUUUAUAUUAUUCAUUCCAUUUUUAUCAUACUCUAAUCUUCUAAUAAAAAUUGAAAAAUAUUGUUUACAUCGCGAUGAAAUUUUUUUAUCUCUAAAUUUUCUUUCAGAUAUAUCUAAAAGAUUUCCCUCUUCCUGGAAAAAAAUAUAUCGUACAAAGAAGUUUUUCUUCAAUGAAAAUUGGAUCGGAUUAUAAUAUUCGUAUUCGUAGAUCUGAUUGUUCGUCGCGCAACUUUUUCAUCGAUCGCGGUAACGGAAUUGCAUAAAUGAAAGUGAACAGUUAGCGAUCGGUCAGCUGUGUCCUUUCAAUCUUAAAUCUCGAUUUUAAUCCGGGAGAGCAAACAUUUGAAAUGAACUGAAUAAUCCAGCACAGGAAUAAUCAACAAAAGUGAUAAACAGAAUAAAGAAUCUCUCUCCAUCUAAUUUUUUCAUCCUUUUUUGCCUUUCAUUAAAAGUACGAAAUAAAAUAAUAUUAAAAUAAUAUUUCCACUUUCUUCCUUAAUAUUUAUCUGCGUUCUACGAUUGAACUUUUUUUUCUCCCUUAACGAGAGAGAAAUGAUCGACCAAACGGCCACGGACGAGCAAACAAUAUCCAUCGUUCUUUUACGGUCGCUGAUUCGAAUAUUUCUGAUUGAUUACUGUGAUCACUGACUCCUGAGAUACUCGCUUGCGUGUCGCGAAAUUGAAAGGGUGGGGCAGCGAUCUUUUUGAAUCACCAAGUCGAUAUAAAGGCUUUGCUCGUGGAGGCGAGAUCAUUUCAUGGGAAAGUGAUGUGGCUCGACGAACCGGAACC